AUGACAUCAACAACAUCACUGCCUUCAGUGACAACCAAGACGGUCUCACAGCCCGCUGCUGACUUUGGCUAUGAUGGCCUUUUUGCAACGACUGACAUUGAGCCCGGCCAAGAUGUGCUCCACAUCAAAACACCAUUCGCGGCAGUUCUAGACUCACCGAGAUUGGAAGAUCAUUGUUCCUGCUGCUUUUCACCGGAGAGGGAGAUAAGGGAGGGCGCGGUAAAGAGAUGUACAGGAUGCCGUGUCGAGUGUCAAUCGAAAGACUGGAAGUUUGCGCAUUCAAGUUUGCGCAUUCUCUUGAAUGUCCCAUCUUCAGGAAAAUCGAGCCAGAGGUGCUUCCCACCCAUGUCCGACUUCUACUGCUAUAGUGCUGCGCAUUGA